GCCAGACAUAGCCCAGCGGUGGACAUAGGGCGGAGGCCGAGCCCCGCCAGGAGUCUUGCCGAGCCGGAGGGAGGCGCAUCUGGCGCUUUGGUGCCAGCUGCAAGCCGAGGGUCUUGAGCUGCUGGAGAAGCGCAGAGGGGACUGGGAGGAGCCAGCCCAUCUGGAGACUGGACCUCUGCGUCCUGGCGCUCAGGCUCAGGCUCCGCGGGGGGCGAAGCCACGCGUGUCACCCGGCAGCCAGUUUCACGCGCGCCAGUUUGCGGUUCCAGGCAUCCCAGUAAGCUGUGGCACCGCGGCGCGGUAACUGGAAGAGAAGAGUCAAAUCCUCUGCGCCCAGGUCACCUCCCCAGACCUAGCCUUGCAGGGACCGGGGCUCCAGAGCUCACCAGCGGAACCGCCAGGUCAGACGCGGAGCCAGAGGAGCGCGAGCCCCACCCUAAAGACAGGGCGCCGCUGGGAGCUGGGUGCCGCGCUCCAGAGGUGGUGUCGGGGGCGCAGUCCCAGUGGCGGGGAGCGCACCGCGGCGGGGACAUGCGAUCGGAGAAAUCCCUGACGCUGGCGGCGCCGGGGGAGGUCCGUGGGCCAGAGGGGGAGCAACAGGAUGCGGGUGGCUUGGCGGAGGCGGGGGGCGGGGGCAGCGAGAGGGUGGUGAUCAACAUCUCCGGGCUGCGCUUUGAGACACAGCUGCGCACCCUGUCGCUGUUCCCGGACACGCUGCUUGGAGACCCCGGCCGCCGCGCCCGCUUCUUCGACCCCCUGCGGAACGAGUACUUCUUCGACCGCAACCGGCCCAGCUUCGACGCCAUCCUCUACUACUACCAGUCGGGGGGCCGCCUGCGGAGGCCGGUCAACGUGCCCCUGGACAUCUUCCUGGAGGAGAUCCGCUUCUACCAGUUGGGGGACGAGGCCCUCGCGGCCUUCCGGGAGGACGAAGGCUGCCUGCCCGAAGGCGGCGAGGACGAAAAGCCGCUGCCUUCCCAGCCCUUCCAGCGCCAGGUGUGGCUACUCUUCGAGUACCCCGAGAGUUCGGGGCCCGCCAGGGCCAUCGCCAUCGUCUCGGUCUUGGUCAUCCUCAUCUCCAUCGUCAUCUUCUGCCUGGAGACCUUGCCCCAGUUCCGUGCAGAUGGUCGAGGUGGGAGCAAUGGGGGUGGUGUGAGCCGAGUCUCGCCCGUUUCCAGGGGGAGUCAGGAGGAAGAGGAGGAUGAAGACGACUCCUAUACGUUUCAUCCUGGCCUCACCCCUGGGGGCCUGGGGACCGGGGGCUCCUCCUCGCUCAGUGCGCUCGGGGGCUCCUUCUUCACAGACCCCUUCUUUCUGGUGGAGACGCUGUGCAUCGUGUGGUUCACCUUCGAGCUGCUCGUGCGCUUCUCCGCCUGCCCCAGCAAGCCCGCCUUCUUCCGCAACAUCAUGAACAUCAUCGACAUCGUGGCCAUCUUCCCCUACUUCAUCACCCUGGGCACCGAGCUGGUGCAGCAGCAGGCGCAGCACCCCGCC